AUGCGCAGCGCUGCCGGACGGAAAGUAUUUCGCGACUUCCUACGCGGCGAGUACUCUGAGGAGAACAUAAUGUUUUGGCUCGCGUGCGAAGAGCUCAAGCGAGAGACAGACCCCGACGCCGUCGAGGAGAAGGCACGCUUCAUCUACGAGGACUACAUCUCCAUCCUGUCGCCCAAGGAGGUGUCGCUGGACUCGCGCGUGCGGGAGAUCGUGAACCGCAACAUGGUGGAGCCGACGCCGCACACGUUCGACGAGGCGCAGCUGCAGAUCUACACGCUGAUGCACCGCGACUCGUAUCCGCGCUUCGUCAACUCGCCGCUGUACAAGACGCUCGCGCGCUUGUCCAGCGCCGAGCCGCCGAGCGCGCCCCCUGCAGCCACGGCGCAUGCGAACUCAACGCCCACUGCGCCCGCUGCGCCCACUGCGCCCGGUGCGCCCGGUGCGGCCGGUGCGGCUCCUGCGGUGCCAACGCCUGCGGCGUCCCCGGCGCAACCCGUAGCCCCGGCACAGGCGCAGGCACCGAACGCGCAGUGA